UCAGGCGGCGCGGCGCUGGCGGCGCACAGCCUGGCAGUCCUGCGUCUCAUCCGGCGCCCGAGGAGGGGGUGUCCUGCCGGCGCGCGAGCUCUGCGGCCAUUUUGGGCUUCGCUUGCACCGCGCCCGUCGGCCUGCCCAGCCCUUCCGGUGUCGCGCUGCUCAGGGGCCUUUCAACCUUGUCACUCCGAAAACCGCCGCCGAGGCCGCGGGCGGGCUCCCAUCGAUGUCGUGGAAGCGUCGAGACGACUAGGGAACUUCUUUUCCCGCCGAGAUGGAAGUCGCGUCAGCCGCCGCCUCCUGUGCCGGCCGUUCGUCCCUGCGUUCUGCCGCCGGUUGCCGCCUCCGCUGCCCUCUGUGGCUUUUCUGCUGGCUCCGAAAUCGGCCUGGAGCACCGACGCCCCCGCUGGGCAGGGCCGAGAUUCUGUAGGCUUCCCCCGAGUUCCGUUUCCAGCCGCCAGCGCCGCGGCCCUAACCGAGAGACUGCCAAGAAAAAGGAGAUGGAGCCGGGGACGGGCGGAUCGCGGAAACGGCCCAGCCCUCGGGCGGGCUCCCGGUUCUGGCUACCCUUUUUCCCUUGGCGAUCGCGAGCAGCCUCUUCCAAGUUCUCCACGCCUCUUGCCCCGGAAAACUCCGGGAAGCCCACCCUGCUUUCCUCCGCCCGGCCCGAGACUCGGGUCAGCUACUGGACGAGGUUGCUCUCCCAGCUCCUCGCGCCGCUCCCCGGAUUGCUUCAGAAGCUGCUGAUUUGGGGUCAACUUUUCGGUGGAAUGUUCCCUACCAGAUGGCUAGAUUUUGCUGGAGUCCACAGCGCCCUGAGAACCCUGAAGGGACGCGAGAAACAAGCCGCCCCCACAGCGCAAAAAUGUUUGAGUUCGCUCCAGCUGGACCCCUCGGACCCCUUGGCUUCCAGUCCUCUUGAUUGGUUAGAGGAGGGGAUCCACUGGCAAUGCUCGCCCCCAGACUUCGAUUUGGAGCUUAAAGCCAAGGGAAGUGCUUUGGACCCUGCAGCACACGCAUUUCUCUUAGAGCAGCAGCUGUGGGGAGUGGAACUGUUGCCCAGUAGCCUUCAAUCCCGUCUGUACUCUGACCGGGAACUUGGCUCUUCGCCCUCCCGGUCUCUAAACAUUCAACGCGUAGACAAUUUCAGCGUGGUCUCCUAUUUGCUGAACUCUUCCUACGCGGACUGCUUUCCUCGGCUAGAAGUCAGCUAUCAGAACGGUGAUGGAAAUGGCGAUUUAGUCGGCUUCCAGACACUAACCUCAGAGAGCAGCCGCCUGAGAGAGGACCAUUGUCAUCCCCAGCCGCUGAGUGCAGAGCUCACUCCGGCCUCGUGGCAGGGAUGUCCGCCUCUUUCUACGGAAGGCCUACCAGAAAUUCACCAUCUUCGCAUGAAACGGCUGGAAUUCCUUCAGCAGGCUAGCAAGGGACAAGAGUUACCCACCCCUGACCAAGAUAAUGGCUACCACAGCCUGGAGGAGGAGCACAGCCUUCUCCGGAUGGAUCUGAAGCACUGCAGAGGUAACCCAACACAGUUUGUUCCCCCUGCUGGAGACAUUCCUGGAACCACCCAGGAAUCCACUGAAGAAAAAACAGAAUUGUUAACUGAAGAGGUUCCACUUGCUUUGGAAAAACAGAGCCCUUCCGAGAGCUGUCCAUCUUGUGAGAUACCUAUGGAAAAGGAGCCUGGAGAGGACGGAAUAAGUGUGAUUGACUACUCGUGCAUAGGAAAUGCCCUUCCCAUUUCUGCCAGACCAGCUUGUAGUAACAAACUCAUAGAUUAUAUUUUGGGAGGUGCAUCCAGUGACCUGGAAACAAGUUCCGAUCCAGAAGGUGAGGAUUGGGAUGAGGAAGCUGAGGAUGAUGGUUUUGAUAGUGAUAGCUCACUGUCAGACUCAGACCUUGAACAAGACCCUGAAGGGCUUCACCUUUGGAACUCUUUCUACAGUGUAGAUCCUUACAAUCCCCAGAACUUUACAGCAACAAUUCAGACUGCUGCCAGAAUUGUUCCUGAAGAGCCUUCUGAUUCAGAGAAGGAUUUGUCUGGCAAGUCUGAUCUAGAGAAUUCCUCCCAGUCAGGGAGCCUUUCUGAGACCCCUGAGCAUAGUUCUGGGGAGGAAGAUGACUGGGAAUCUAGUGCAGAUGAAGCAGAGAGUCUCAAACUGUGGAACUCUUUCUGUAAUUCUGAUGACCCCUACAACCCUUUAAAUUUUAAGGCUCCUUUUCAAACAUCAGGGGGAAAUUGGAAAGGCUGUCGUGACUCAAAGGCACCAUCUGAGUCCAUUGUGGCCAUUUCUGAGUGUCACACCUUACUUUCUUGUAAGGUGCAGCUGUUGGGGAGCCAAGAAAGUGAAUGUCCAGACUUGGUACAGCGUGAAGUUCUUUCUGGAGGAAGACACACACAUGUCAAAAGAAAAAAGGUAACCUUCCUUGAAGAAGUUACUGAAUAUUAUAUAAGUGGUGAUGAGGAUCGCAAAGGACCAUGGGAAGAAUUUGCAAGGGAUGGAUGCAGGUUCCAGAAACGAAUUCAAGAAACAGAAGAUGCUAUUGGAUAUUGCUUGACAUUUGAGCACAGAGAAAGAAUGUUUAAUAGACUCCAGGGAAAAUGCUUCAAAGGACUUAAUGUUUUCAAGCAAUGUUAAGAUGAGCUGACAGCCUGUAGUCCUAGCAUACACUACCUCUUGCCUGAGAGGUGUCUUUUAAAAACAAAUCUUGGCAGCUGUCCUUUGACAUUUUUGUUUGUUUGUUUUAGAGGAAAUAUAACUUGGAUCUAGUUUAAUUUUUUUUUUUUUUUUUUUUUUUUUUUUUUUUUUUUGCAAAUAACCCACUCCUAAACAUUGAGGUUUGAAGCCAGCCCUGAUAACGAAGGAUUAACUAGCGUUUCUAAUCCUCCCUUUUUGGAUUUAGUUGGAUGUGCUUUUAAAAGUCCUUUGCUUGCCUUAGUGAAAAGGGGACCUUUUUGAGUUAUCAUUUUGCACUUUCAAAACUUAUUUUCUUGGAAAACGAUAUUUAUAGGGCUUAAAACCCAUUUUCAUUUCUAAUCUAAAUUAUGUAUGCCUGUCUGAAAACUUUGGGCUCUUUUUUGUUUCUUUCCCCAAAUUCAGAAGUUAAUGGGAUUUGAUGUUUUUCUAUAUUUUUUUUUAUUUCAAUGAUUUCACCUAUCUACCUUAGGCUAAAAAAAUAACCUUUUGUAUGCUACCAACUUAAAGUACAUUAUUUUGUGUCACUUUUUUUUUUUUUUUUUUUUUUUUUUUGUAAAAAUGACUUGGGUUGAAAAUAUAUUAAGUUCUACCUAGGAAAUUUCCAAGGACUGCCACAGAACUCGAAUGUGCAGUACUUUACUACUGUGGGAAAGCUGCAUCUUUCUACCAGAUUUUAACAUCUAAUGUAUUUAAUUUCUUUGCAAACUGUUCUUUGGAGAGGGUUCUGUAUAUGUUUUUGUAGUUCCCAAUUUAAUACAGUUCUUUGUCUCUUAACAGGUUGAAGUUGUUGCAAAACACUCUGGAAAGUAAUAGUUACAUCACAAGCAUUUUUUAAACUUAAAAGCCUAAAUUUUCCUAGGAAGAAAAUAGGAGACAUCUCAGAGUAAUUUGGUUUUGGUAUAUAUGCUCUUAACAGAAAGCCAGUGUUAAUGAAUAGCAUGCCUCAGCACAGUCACUUUGAAAACUGUCAGGAUGUCACUGUAAAAUUGGAAAUGGGCAGUUCUGAAUUUUCACAUUUGAAAUGUAAAAUAUAAACUUCAGACAAUAUACAGGUUUAUUGUGUCCUAUUUAAUAAUGAGAGAAGUAAUGGCAAGGUCUUUACUUUCAGGAAAGAAGUAUAGAUUAAUGACUAGACAGUCUUAGUAUGUUUAGCCCAAAGUUUCCUUUGAAGCCUUUGCAUUGACUGGUUGUGUUUGGCUAAUUUGUUUAGCUUUACAAAGUACACAUGAGUUAGGUUGAGGGAUUGUUAACCAACUCUUCAGUGGACUGCUCUCACUCCGUGUGCUUCCUAUCAGGGAAAGCACAAGUAGAAUAGGUGACCUCUUAGUUUUGAACUUACUUUAAGUGUGGGGAUGAAUUUUUCAUCAGAAGUGCUCACAGGGUUACUACCUCAGUUUACAAUCUACCUGGUCGUUAUUUUAUUUCUAUCUGGUUUGUUCUAAGAACUGCCUCUAGUAUUUAUAUAUUCAUACUUAAACACAUUAAGAAUGCCACACCAUAAAAGUUGGUCUGAGUUCUGCAGAGCCCUUAUUCUGUGUGUUUUGUGCACCUCCACUUCAGGUCAUGGUAGGGAGCACAUUUACAGGCUGGUGUCAAGCACCAGCUAUGUCAGUUGGAAAGCAGGCAUCAUUUGCCUUGAAAAAAGCUUUUUGACAACAUGUAAGCAUUCUGUUAAAACCAAGCUGAAGCAUUUUAUUUCCGAGACUUACGUUGUGUUUCCUGUUUCUGAAACCUAGCACCUUUUCAUAUUUGAAAAUAAUGAGACAUCUUUCAUUGGAUUUUGGGAGAUUGUUCUCAUGGGAUUCUAACCUCACUACCAAAUGACUAAAAGCUUGAUUAAGAAUUCUUCUAUACACUACCAUCCUUUAGGAGAAGUGAUCAGAAGGUGAUGAGAAGGAGAGAAGGGACUGCUUUAAAGUUAGACUGAAGGAGAAAUAAGCAAAAUUCUUGUUAGUUUCAUCCCAAUUCUAGUUAGAACAAAGUUAAACCCCCAUAAUCUUAUAGAGAAAACCCUUGGAGGUUUUAAUUAAACAUUUUACACAUUUAUAAUCUUGUUAAUGGUGCUUUAAGUGUCAAUGUAGCAUGUAAAAGGCUUUGUACAGACAGGUAAAAGUUCCAUUUCUGAGUGAUGAAAUGUGAUAACACUUCUUUAACUUGAAAUCAAAACUAUCAAGAUUUUAUUUUUGUAUAAUUUAAGGAAGGUAAAGUUAGGGGACUAGAAGACUAAAUUGGCUUCUACAGAUUAAUGAUUUAAAUGUAACUAGUUUGUUGGGUUUUAUAGUUAAAAUUAUAUUUGUGUAUAUAACAUAACUAAUCUAAAUUGCAAUAAAAAUAUUUGCAAUUAUUAAAUGUUAAAUGAUA